AUGGGCCUGUCUGUGGAGGAGCUGGGGGAGGAGCUGAAGGUCACAGCUCAGGAGGUGCUGGGGAGACUGAGGAGCCGCCAGCUGUUCCAGUCCCCGUGGGACACUGCCGCCUUCAUCGUCUUCCUCGCCUUUGUUGGCACUGUGCUGCUCCUGCUGCUGCUGGUCAUUGCCCACUGCUGCUGCAGCUGCUGCUGCUCCCCUGGGGCCCGCAGGGGGAGCCCACGCAAGGAAAGACCCAAGGGAGUGGAUAACCUGGCCCUGGAGCCUUGACAGUGUGUCCUGCCUGGUGACAGCAACAAUGCCUGUGUCUGCCCAG